AUGUAUUCUUUUGAAGAUAUAGAAAGUAUAUUUUUUACUAUUGCUGGACCACAAGUUUUAGCAUCACUUUUUAAUUCAACUAUCUCAAUGCUUUCAUUAUUAGGAAUGGCUAUUGUUCAAAUAUUUGGAAAUAGGCAAAAUUAUCUUCCAAGAUCAACAUCUUUAAGGAUUACUGUAUCAUUAUGGUGUGUAAUAUUAUUGAUAUUAAUAUCAAAUUUUGCUUUAAUUCAAAUAACUAAAUCAAUAACAUUAUUAUUUGCAUUUCAUAUAGCAUUAUUAUCAAUAUUUUUAUUGAUAAAUUUAUUACUUCAUCCAAUUAAUUUAUUUUUUUCAUUAAAAGAAUCUUCGAAUACUCAAACUUCAAGAGCAAUAACAGAAACAUUAUGGCUUCUAUUUCAUUCAGUAUCAUUUAUUAUAUUAGUAAUAAUGUUAAUUUGGGAUUCAUCUCAAGAUUUUAAUGACAAUAAAAAUAUACAGAAAAUAUAUUUACAACAAGUUACAUAUAACAUUCAUUGUAUAAUCAAUCCACUUAUUGCAAUAAUAAGAGAUCCAACAUUGGCACAUGGUGUACAAAAAAUAUUUUAUAGAAAACGUCAAAUUUCAUCUAGAGAGUACCCUUCAAUACUUACUACAAUUGAAGAUACCAAUUCAAAUAGUCCUUAUUUUUCACAAUGGGUAUUUUCAGAACAAUUAGUAGUCCGCCUUGACCGACCACCGCCACCAUAUAUGACACCAACACAAUCAUUAGAGAUUAUGUAUCAAGGAUCAAAUGAAUCAAAUGGACAAUAUGUAUGA